AAAGGAAAACAAAUGGUCCCCAACUUUCUUUCUAGAAGCUCUCUCCAUCUCAUUCCGAAUCUCGAUCAGACAACACAAACCUAUAUUGUGUAGAUACCCUGGCUCUAUCAUCACCCGGUGACUUAAACAGGUCAACAUAGUCUUUCUUCCAAAUUCCAAGAAGCUUAGCCUUAUAGUACAGAUACAUAAUAUUAUUUUAAUAAUAAACAAUCAAACAGAAUCACCACCACCGACAGCUACAUCCUUUAUCGUUCUUAGCCACACCCUUCUCUUGCUCUGUUUUUGCUGUGUUAAUAAGGUUUUGCAACUUUCAGUUCGCUUUUUCUUUUAUUUCUUUUUUCGUUCCAUAAUCUCUCUCUGUUUAUUUCUCUUUUGGUAUCUGUUUUGUUAUUAUGUUGUUUGUUCUUAUCUGGCAGUGGUAGCUUAGAAUUUUCCCAGGUAGCACUAAUCGUAUAUUUACUUUUUCUGGAGUUUUGUUAAAGAAACAUAGUGUGGUAUCUGGUUUGGGUUACUUAUGAUUAUGGAUCCAAGUUUCAGCGACUUCUCAGAUUUCACAAACAGUUUCGAAAUAGAAAACUGGACCAGUAUACCCAAUUCAAAUGACUACUCGGUAAUUUCAGACGAAUACACAGUAAACCAAUACUCUUCAGAGUUUGAUUUCGUUGAUGAUUACCCAAACCUUUUUACUCCACCUGAUCCUGAUCCGGGUAAUUUCAUGCCCUCCAUUAACUUGCCCUCUUUGGAAGAUCCAUCUUUUCCCUCCACAACACUGAGCCCAGAUGGAAACUCUUAUACUCCUCCCUUAAGUGUGAACCCCGGAAGUGACUCCCCCAAUGAUGAAAGUGAGUUCUCAAUAUAUGUACUCAAGUUCAUAAACCAGAUCCUCAUGGAAGAAAACAUGGAGCAGGAGACCAACACGCUCAAUGAUCCAUUGGGUCUUCAAGUCACUGAGAAAUCAUUCUAUGAUGUUCUUGGUGAGAGUUAUCCUUAUCCAGCCAAUCAGUCUCCUACAGAUAAAAAAGCUGAGACCCCAGAUAGCAAUUUUUCAGUAAGCUCUAGCGACUAUGGCAGUAAUAGUCAUGAUGCUAACAGCCCUCAAUUGCUUAGUGAUCUAGUAGACCAUAACUCUUCAUUGCAGUCCUUUGUUCCUGGUGAAAACAAUUUUCAGUUUGAUUUGGCUACAGCUCAGAAAUUUUUUAGGGACAGUGAUUCAGUCUCCCAGUUUCAGAGAGGUUUUGAGGAAGCAAGUAAGUUCCUCCCUAAAGGUAAUCAGCUCAUCAUUGAUCUGGAGAGCAAUGGAUUCUCACCCCAGUUGAAGACAGAUGAUGCAGUUGUAAAAAUUGAGAGUGAAAGCCCGCCUAACGGGUUGCGGGGGAGGAAAAAUCAUGAGAGGGAAGAUGAUGAUUCAGAAGAAGAGAGAAGUAACAAGCAGUCUGCGCAUUAUAUUGAUGACAGUGAGUUAUCAGAGAUGUUUGAUAAAGUGUUGCUUCAAGUUGAACCUGGGGACAAUGAAGCACGCAAGGCAUUGCAGCCUGUGGAUUCUAAUGCCAGUAGCGGAAAAGGUCGUGGCAAGAAGCAAAACAAGAAGAGUGAAACUGUGGAUUUGAGAUUCCUUUUGAUUUCGUGCGCACAAGCUGUGUCCAGUGAUGAUAGAAGGACUGCAUAUGAGCUUCUAAAGAAGAUUAGGCAGCAUUCAUCUCCUAAUGGAGAUGGAUCCCAGAGGUUGGCCUAUUAUUUUGCCAAUGGCCUUGAUGCGCGUUUGGCUGGAACUGGAAAUGGAACUGGAACUGGAGCCGUGUUAUUUGGUUCUUUACUUGCCAGGGUGAAAGCUUCUGACCUUUUGAAAGCAUUCCACCUUAAUCUUUCUUCCUGUCCUUUCAAGAAAUUUGGCAUGUUCUUUGCAAACAAGAUGUUCCUGCAGGUGGCUGAGAAAGCAACAACACUUCACAUCGUUGAUUUUGGCAUCCUAUAUGGUUUUCAGUGGCCAAUCUUCAUCCAGCAUCUCUCAAGAAGAGACGGUGGGCCUCCUAAUCUGCGCAUUACAGGGAUAGAGUUCCCUCAAAAUGGUUUUCGGCCAAAAGAGAGAAUUGAAGAGACAGGGCGGCGCUUAGCCAAGUACUGCGAACGGUUUGGUGUGCCUUUCAGGUACAAUGCCAUAGUAGUAACGAAAUGGGAGACCAUCCGCGUUGAGGACAUAAAGAUUGAAAGCAACGAAGUUGUUGCUGUGAAUUGUUUGUUGCGGUUAAAAAACGUACUAGAAGAAACUGUUGAAAACUGCCCAAGAGAUGCUGUUCUGAGACUAAUCAGGAAGAUGAAUCCAGCCAUUUUUGUUCAUAACAUUGUCAAUGGAUCGUACAAUGCUCCAUUUUUUGUCACUCGUUUUCGUGAAGCGCUCUUCCAUUUCUCUGCCUUGUUUGACAUGUUGGAUACCAUUAUAGCCCGCCAAAACGAAGAGAGGUUGCUGUAUGAAAGAAAAUUAUUUGGCCAGGAGAUUCUGAAUGUGAUAGCAUGUGAAGAAGAAAAGAGAAUGGAGAGGCCUGAGACGUACAAGCAGUGGCAAGUUCGGUGCUUGAGAGCCGGUUUUCGGUCACUCCCUCUCAGCAAAGAGUUAAUCAGUAAAUUUAAAGACAAGUUGAGAACAUGGUACCACAAGGAUUUUGAAAUUGAUGAAGAUAGCAAUUGGAUGCUUCAGGGAUGGAAAGGAAGGAUUGUUUUUGCUACUUCAUGUUGGGUCUCGGCGGAGGGACCUUACUCAAAUUAACAUUAUCUGUUCAAACACUACUCAUUACUCUGUACUGAUUAGUAUUGAAUAGAUGUAAUAGAUUAGACAUGAGAGUUUAACAAUUAAGUUUUGAUGUACUCAUUUCUUCUGUUUUGAACUACUGAUGCAGUAGUUGUAAUAUAAGCUUGAUCUUCUCAGCCGACAAUUGAGAGUUUAAAGGUGGUUCGAGUUUAACAAAUUGUGGAAACCAAUUCUCGAUUUGUUCACUUUUAGACUGUAUUUGUAGUACUGCUAUAUUGAUGUUCAAAAAAAAAAAAAAAAUCAGUUUAGUAUA